CUCCCGCCCCGCUGAGCAGGAGCUGCUCCAGGACAAGAUAUGAGAAAUGAGUGUUGGACGUCGAAGAAUAAAAUUGUUGGGUAUCCUGAUGAUGGUUAAUGUCUUCAUUUAUUUGAUCGUGGAAGUCUCCAAAAGUAGCAGCCAGGAAAAAAAUGGAAAGGGGGAAGUAAUAAUUCCCAAAGAAAAGUUCUUGAAGAUCUCAGACCCCCCUGUGGCCUACUGGAACAGAGAGCAAGAAAAGCUAAACAGGCAGUACAAUCCCAUCUUGAACACAUUGGCCAACCAGACAGGGGACGUGUACGGGUUUUCCAACAUAAGCCAUCUAAAUUUUUGUGAACCUGACCUCAGGGUCAUGUCAGUAGUUUCAGGUUUCAGCAAUUUGCCAGACAGAUUUAAAGACUUUCUGCUGUAUUUGAGAUGUCGAAAUUAUUCACUACUUAUAGAUCAACCAGAUAAAUGUGCAAAGAAACCCUUCUUAUUACUGGCGAUAAAGUCCCUCAUCCCACAUUUUGCUAGAAGGCAAGCAAUUCGGGAAUCUUGGGGCAGAGAAACCAAUGUGGGGAACCAGACGGUAGUGAGAGUCUUCUUACUGGGUCAGACCCCGCCAGAGGACAGCCACCCAGACCUGUCUGACAUGCUGAAAUUUGAGAGUGAGAAGCACCAAGACAUUCUUAUGUGGAACUACAGAGACACUUUCUUCAACCUGUCCUUGAAAGAAGUGCUCUUUCUCAGGUGGGUGAGCACUCCUUGCCCAAAUGCCGAGUGUUUUAAGGGUGAUGACGAUGUUUUUGUGAACACCCAUCACAUCCUGAAUUACUUGAAUAGCUUACCCAAGAACAAAGCCAAAGAUUUGUUUAUAGAUGAUGUGAUUCACAAUGCUGCCCAUCGGGAUAAGAAACUGGAGUAUUACAUCCCAGAAGUUGUUUACACUGGCGUCUAUCCGCCCUAUGCGGGGGGAGGCGGCUUCCUUUACUCUGGCCACCUGGCCCUUAGCCUGUACAAUAUAACUGACCAGGUCCUUCUCUACCCCAUUGAUGAUGUUUAUACUGGAACGUGCCUUCAGAAGCUCGGCCUCGUUCCAGAGAAACAUAAAGGCUUCAAGGCAUUUGAUAUAGAAGAGAAAAAUAAGAAUAACAUUUGUUCCUAUGUAGAUUUAAUGUUACUACAUAGUAGAAAACCUCAAGAAAUGAUUGAUAUUUGGUCUCGGUUGCAAAAUGCUCAUUGA